GUGCGCUGUGUCCCUCGGACACAGCAGAUCACCAAUCAACAUGAAGAGCCAAAGAUCUGUGUCCAAUCACAGCUGAUCACAUGGGACAUAUGCACUGAUCAUCAGGGCACUGAUGAUCAGUGUGCCCUGAUGAUCUGUAUAGCCCCAGCAGUGCCACCUGUCAAGUGUCCAUCAGUGCCAGCUGUCAGUGCUCAUCCAUGCCACCUGCCAGUGCCCAUCAGUGCCACAUCAAUGCCACAUAUCAGUGCCUACCAGUGCACAUCAAUGCCACGUAUCAGUGCCCAUCUGAGCUGCCUUUCAGUGUUACCCAUCAGUGCCAGUCAGUGCCACCUAUCAAUGCCAGUCAGUGCCACCUACCAGUGCUGCCAAUCAGUGCCACCUAUCAGUGUGCAUCAGUGGCACCUAUCAGUGCCAGUCAGUGCCACCUAUCAAUGCCGCCUAUCAGUGCUGCCUUUCAGUGCACAUCAGUGAUGCCUGUCAAUGCCCAUCAGUGCCACCUACCAGUGCCUCAUCAGUGCCACCUAUCAGUGUCCAUCAGUGCAGCCUAUCAGUGCCCAUCACUGCAGCCUCAUUAGCACACAUCAGAGAAGGAGAAAAAUCACUUAUUUACAAAAUUUUAUAACAAAAACUAAGAAAAAAUGUUUGUUUUUCCAAAAAU